GGGGUGCCCCUCCCUGGAUUCCACAGAAAGUACACUCAGGGAUGAGAGCUGUCUUAGUUGUCAGAGUGAUGCAGUAGCUGUAUUUGAGUCAGACCAACUAGUAUUGACUAUAAAGCUGUCUGACUCCACUUCUUCCAGCACACUUAGCAGGGACUAGAAGAGCCGAGAGACUGCCCUGCAGCCCCUGCUAUUCGGUCUUGCAUUUAGCUGCACCAACAUCUGCAAAAAUUCUCUGCUGCAAGGAAACCAGAGUGAUGUCAGCGGAGGAUGAUACUGGUGGGGAGGCUCCCAGUGGCAGUUUUUGGGAGCCUGGCAACUACAAGCGGACAGUGAAGCGGGUGGAUGAUGGAAGCCGGCUGUGUAACGACCUUGUCUCCUGCUUCCAGGAGAGAGCCAAAAUUGAGAAGAGCUAUGCACAGCAGCUAACAGACUGGUCCCGCAAAUGGAGGACUGCUGUGGAGAAGGGCCCUCAGUACGGCACUCUGGAAAAAGCCUGGCAUGCAUUCCUGACUGCUGCAGACAAACUCAGUGAGAUCCACCUAGAAGUACGGAAUCGCCUGGCUGGUGAAGACUCGGACAAAAUUAAGACCUGGCAAAAGGAGGCCUACCAUAAGCAGAUGAUUGGUGGCUUCAAGGAGACUAAGGAGGCAGAGGAGGGAUUCCGCAAGGCCCAGAAGCCCUGGGUGAAAAAGUUGAAAGAUGUGGAAACUUCGAAAAAGAGUUACCACACUGCUCGGAAAGAUGAGAAGACUGCACAGACACGAGAGAAUCAUGCCAAAGCGGAUUCUGCAGUGUCACAAGAGCAGAUGCGUAAACUGCAGGAGCGCGUGGAGAAAUGUGCACAAGAAGCAGAAAAGUGCAAGGAUCAGUAUGAGAAGAUGCUGGAGGAGCUGAACCGGUACAACCCUCGCUACAUGGAGGACAUGGAGCAGGUCUUUGAGGGCUGCCAGGAAUCAGAGUGCAAACGCUUGUGCUUCUUCAAAGAUAUGUUCUUGGAUCUGCAUAAUCAUCUCAACCUGUCUACCAAUGACAGCUUCCAUGCACUUUACCGGGAUUUGUACCAGGGAAUAAUGGCUGCAGAUGACCAAGAGGAUCUGAAGUGGUGGCGCAAUACCCAUGGGCCAGGCAUGGCUAUGAACUGGCCUCAGUUUGAGGAAUGGUCUCUGGAGACACAGCGGGCGAUCAGCAAGAAGGAGAAAAGUGGUAAAAUUGGUGAAGAUGUGACUUUGACCAGCAUUGUGCCUGCAGGAGAUGGUGUGAAAAAGACCCCUCCACCCACAAAGCAAAGGUUCUCAUACCAAGAGGAACAAAACAGCCACUUCUAUGACACCUUGAGGGCCUCGGCCUGUAUGAAUGGAGGGAAGGAAGAAAUCUCAGAGUGGUCAGAUGAGGACACUCCCAAGAAGUGCCUGGAAGUCAAUGGGCACGAGGAGGACAUAAAGGUACCAGGCGUGCGGGUGCGAGCACUGUAUGAUUACACAGGACAAGAGGCUGAUGAGCUGAGCUUUAAAGCAGGGGAAGAGCUCAUGAAGAUCAGUGAAGAGGAUGAGCAGGGCUGGUGCAAAGGCCGGCUUCAGACCGGUCAGGUUGGACUGUAUCCUGCUAAUUAUGUUGAGAAGGUCAUUUCGUGAUUGCUUCCCCUCACUACAACCAGCUUAAAGUGUGCGUCUUGCGUGCAGUUUCUCCAGAGGCCACCAAUUCACUGGCCUCCCAACUUGCAUCAAAAACCAUGUGCAACAAUCUGGACCUUUCUGAGGACACUCUUUUCUUGUAACCAAUUCUUCAUUUUAAACAUCUAGAAAUAUGGUCAUCUUUUUUUCUAAUAAAGAGAGAGAAAAAAUUUCUGAAUCUCCUGUUUGCUAUAUAAAGGAUACAAGGUGGAAAAUAAUCCCUAGACAACAAAAUACCUAAACCCUUUUUGUGGGCUUGGUGGGCUAGUCUGUUUGUUUCAUUUUAAACCAUCCAAUACCAAGUUCUCGAAGUGGUGAACAAAUUAAAACUAUAAAGAUUUUAUCCUUGUUCUCCUUUCCGCCAGCAGCUGUUGCCUUAAAAGUGAACAUUAAAAGAUAUUUAGAAACCAACUGCAGAACAGUAACUUAUUCCUAGAUUAGGGUAAAAGGUGGCAUCUUAACUGCAUGCCCACUGUCUAGCAACUAGUAUUACCCAAACACCUAGCCCAAUUGCUUGCUUUUCAGUACUUUCUUCACAUGCAAGCAAGAUAUUACAAAACUAGAGCUAUUAAGGAAGCUUAACUAUUUUUGGUGUAAUGUCUGACAUCAUGCCAAGCCAUAAUUAAUGCAAACCAUAGUUUGCAAAGCCACUUCAUGCCAUAGUCUCGGAUUCUCCUUGCUGGAUGUUUGCACACCAUGGUUUGUCAAUUCAGAAACCACAUGAAGCUAUACUGUCCUUGAUGAUUU